AUGAAGUUACGAAAACAAACAUAUCAGAGCCUCUGGCCGCCCCCGAGUCUCCGAACAUGGCUUGCAGUCUCCUCCAUCCUCGCAAUCGCUCUGUUCUCCUCGCCCGCCGAUGCCGCCCUGCCCACCGCGCCCGCCGACCGGCCGAAUAACCCGAGAUGCGCCCAGGCAUGCAUGGCCACCAUGCGGAUGGUCCAAUUCACCGACGAGGACCCCUCGUUAGGGUUCCAGGGCCGGGUAUGUGGUGGCAGCAGGCUGAGGACCUCGUAUUACCUAUGCAUGCGGACGUACUGCACGCCGAGCGAGGGCGACGAAGCUGCCGACGAGGUGAAGAAGACGUGCCGAGAGGUGCUGGCGGGCGAAGAGGUCCCCGGGAUGGAGAGCGUGGCUGGCUAUACGGACGAGGAGGUAGAGAACUUGCCCAAGUUUGGGAGGAUGGGGUUUGAGGGGGCAGAAGGCAAGCUGGACAUAGUUGUGGUGCCUGACACGACCUUCUUCGGGUUGUGCUGGGCCAUGGGGUUCUUCUGGGCCGGCGUUGUGGCUGUCGGGAUGAUCAACAAAGCCAUCGGCCUAUGCAUGAAGUCUGACAGGUUCAGCAUGCCUGCUGAGUCGGCGCCGUGGCGCUUGGUGAAGCGAACCAUUGGACUUCCUGCGACCUUUGGCGUCCGGCAUGCACAAAGUUACGGCAUCUGGGCAACUGUGCCGCCGCGUAUCGAGUCCAUCACGAUUGCUCUCUUUGUGUUGCUAAACAUCGUCCUCAGUGUUAUUGGUUAUACCUUCUUCCCCGGGAACAUGUACUAUCCAAAGGUCAGAGAUCAGGUGCUGAGAUGGGUAGCCGACCGUACAGGAAUCAUCUCGUUUGCCAACUUCCCGCUAAUCUGGCUUUUCGGGAUGCGGAACAAUCUCGUCCUCUGGCUCACGGGAUGGGACUUUGCGACCUUUAACAACUUCCAUCGAUGGGUCGCUCGUGUGGCGACUGUGCAAGCCAUCAUCCACUCAAUCCUUUACACUAUGCUCAUCUUUUACACUGGAGGAUGGCGAUACUUCCUCGCUUGGUGGACGCAAUUGUUUUGGUGGACUGGUGAAAUCGCCACUGUAGCCUUGAGUGCCCUGAUGGGUUUCUCGUUUUACUGGCUGCGUAGGAAGCAGUACGAGUUCUUCUUGUUCAUGCAUAUUGUUCUCUCUAUCGUGGUGCUGGUCACCAUGCUUGGUCACGUAUCGAUCUUCGAAGGGGAAUACGAUGCCCUGGUAUGGGUCCCAGUGAUCAUUUGGAUUCUCGAUCGCGUGAUACGAACAGGCCGCAUUCUGAUAUUUAACGCCCGAUUCUGGAAUACCCGUGCCCAGGCCACAUUCAACGACGUCACCAACAUGGUCCGCCUCGAGGUGCCAUGCUCUACGAGCGCCUACAAGGCGAAGCCAGGCACAUACUACUUUCUCAUGGUGCUGAACAGUUAUCAGUUCUGGGAGAGCCACCCGUUUACCGUGGCGACGACAACAUCACACGACGGAGGCGAGAAGGACAACGAUAACAUGGGAGAGGGGGCGCCACUGCUUGAGAAUAGCGACGACGAGUCUCCCGACGCACUCAACACCCCAUCAGCUACCGGGACAAUGACUCCCAGUAUCUCAGCAACGGGGGACACCAUGACGUUCCUCAUUAGACCGUACGACAGCUUCACGGCGCGACUACGGGAUGCUGCGGCUGCGGCAUGGCCCAAGCCCGCGACCGUUCGCGUGGCAGUGGAGGGCCCGUACGGACACACUCAGCCCCUCCAUCGCUUCGACCAUGUAUUGUUCAUCGUGGGCGGCAGCGGGGUAGUGGUGCCGCUCUCGUAUCUGCGUCGACUGAGGGAGGAGACACCGCGGCCGAAGACUGUGCACAUCCACUGGACGGUGAGGGAGCCGGCGCUCGCAGAGGAGGUGUUGCGUCGAGACUUCGCGGAGGCGCUCGGCGGGGAGGGAGACGAGCUGAGGCUGGACGUGUAUCUGACGUCGAGCGGCGCGAACGAGGUGCAGACGCUCAUGGGCGGCCGCUCAGCUGGCAGCAGUCGUCGCGCGGUUGCCGGACGAGCUGAGGAGGAGGCUGAAGACAAGGUGGUGCAGUACCAUCACGGGCGAGCCGAUGUGCGCAGGGUGCUGGUGGGGGAAUGCGAGAAUGCGACGGGCAGCAGCUUGGCGGUCAUUUCGUGUGGCCCGAGCGCGAUGCAGGACGGAGCCAGACAGGCGGUGGUCCAGGCCAUGGGCGUACCCGCUAACAGCUCGCUGCGGAUAGAGUACUUUGAGGAGAGCUUCACGUGGUGA